AUGGGCGAUGGGGGCGCGGAGCGCGACCGCGGCCCGGCACGCCGGGAGUCGCGCGGCGGGCGCGGCGGGGACCGCGGCGGAGCGGAGGACUCGGGCGCCGAUGCCGGCCGCCGCAGCCCAAGGGAGAUUGCGGGGACCUCCGCCUCUAGCCCCGCGGGCUCCAGAGAGAGCGGCGCCGACAGCGACGGCCAGCCCGGGCUCGGAGAGGCAGACCACUGCCGCCGCAUCCUGGUGCGAGAUGCCAAAGGGACCAUCCGGGAGAUUGUCCUGCCUAAGGGUUUGGACCUGGACCGGCCCAAGCGGACCCGCACAUCCUUCACGGCUGAGCAGCUGUACCGCCUGGAAAUGGAGUUCCAGCGCUGCCAGUAUGUGGUGGGCCGAGAGCGCACCGAGCUGGCCCGCCAGCUGAACCUCUCCGAGACCCAGGUGAAGGUCUGGUUCCAGAACCGCCGCACCAAGCAGAAGAAAGACCAGAGCAGAGACCUGGAGAAGCGGGCGUCCUCCUCGGCCUCCGAGGCCUUUGCCACAUCCAACAUCCUGCGGCUGCUGGAGCAGGGCCGGCUGCUGUCUGUGCCUAGGGCCCCCGGCCUCCUGGCACUGACCCCUGGCCCACUGGGCCUGCCUGCCGGCCACAGGGGCACCUCACUGGGUGACCCCAGGAACUCCUCCCCGUGCCUCAACCCACUGACCUCAGCGUCGGCGUCCCCGCCCCUGCCACCCCCUCCACCGGCCCUCUGCUUUUCCACUGCCCCACUCCUAGACCUGUCUGCCUGCUAUGAACUGGGCUCCUCGGCCUUCGCACCCUACAGCAGGCUAGAACGGAGAGUGGGCAGCCCCAGCGGCAGCGGCGGUGACAAGAAAGCCAACAUUUAAGCCUCCACCUCCCUGCCACACCGAGUCCCCAAGCACGGCACCACCCCUGCCUCCCCUGCCCCAUGGACUGCCCUGAGCAGGCUCCCAGAGAGGCGGGCAGCCUCACAUCUGGCCCCACCUGCCUUUCAACUCAGAGACUGUUGCCCAGAAGGCCUU